UGCGCGCACGGAGGGCGCGCGGCCCCGAGCCAGGGAGGGAGGGGCUGGUGACAGUGCGGAGCUCCUGCCAGCGUCCGCGCCUCGGGAGCGGCCGGACGGAAGAGAAGGUCCGCCAGACGCUGGUCGGCUGCCCGACCCUUCGGACUCGACCCCGAGCUGAACGGCCGGCCGCGGCUUCUGGUUGGUCGGGGGAGGCGCUGCGGCCACCUCAAGGAAGAUGUUUAACGUGGAGUCUGUGGAGCGGGUGGAGCUGUGCGAGAGCCUGCUCACUUGGAUCCAGACCUUUAAUGUGGAUACACCAUGCCAGACCGUGGAAGAUUUAACGAACGGGGUUGUGAUGUCCCAGGUUCUUCAAAAGAUAGAUCCUGCAUAUUUUGAUGAUAAUUGGCUAAACAGAAUCAAAACUGAAGUGGGAGACAACUGGAGAUUAAAGAUUAGUAACUUAAAGAAAAUUUUAAAAGGAAUCUUGGAUUACAAUCAUGAGAUUUUAGGACAGCAGAUUAAUGAUUUUACCCUUCCUGAUGUGAACCUUAUUGGGGAGCAUUCUGAUGCAGCAGAGCUCGGAAGGAUGCUCCAGCUCAUUCUAGGCUGUGCUGUGAACUGUGAACAGAAGCAAGAGUACAUUCAAGCCAUUAUGAUGAUGGAGGAGUCUGUUCAGCAUGUCGUCAUGACAGCCAUUCAAGAGCUAAUGAGUAAAGAGUCCCCUGUCUCUGCUGGGAAUGAUGCCUAUGUCGAUCUGGAUCGCCAGUUGAAGAAAACUACAGAGGAACUAAAUGAAGCUUUGUCAGCAAAGGAAGAAAUUGCUCAAAGAUGCCAUGAAUUGGAUAUGCAAGUUGCAGCACUGCAAGAGGAGAAGAGUAGUCUACUGGCGGAAAAUCAGAUACUGAUGGAGCGACUCAAUCAGUCUGACUCUAUAGAAGACCCCAACAGUCCAGCAGGAAGAAGACAUCUACAACUUCAGACUCAGUUAGAGCAGCUGCAAGAGGAGACAUUCAGACUAGAAGCAGCGAAAGAUGAUUAUCGAAUACGCUGUGAGGAGUUAGAAAAGGAGAUCUCGGAGCUUCGGCAGCAGAAUGAUGAACUAACCGCCUUGGCAGAUGAAGCUCAGUCUCUAAAGGAUGAAAUAGACGUUCUCAGACACUCUUCUGAUAAAGUCUCUAAACUAGAAGGUCAAGUCGAAUCUUAUAAAAAGAAGCUGGAAGACCUUGGGGAUUUGAGGCGGCAGGUUAAACUCUUAGAAGAAAAGAAUACUAUGUACAUGCAGAACACUGUCAGUCUGGAGGAAGAAUUAAGAAAGGCUAAUGCAGCCCGAGGUCAGCUUGAGACAUACAAGAGACAGGUUGUAGAGCUGCAAAAUAGAUUGUCUGAUGAAUCAAAGAAAGCAGAUAAAUUAGAUUUUGAAUAUAAGCGACUAAAAGAAAAAGUUGAUGGUCUUCAGAAAGAGAAAGAUAGGUUAAGAACAGAAAGGGAUUCUCUGAAGGAAACCAUUGAAGAGCUCCGCUGUGUACAGGCUCAGGAGGGGCAGCUCACCACUCAAGGGUUAAUGCCUCUGGGAAGCCAGGAGUCUUCAGACAGCCUCGCAGCAGAGAUUAUUACACCUGAAAUCAGGGAGAAACUUAUUCGUCUUCAGCAUGAGAAUAAGAUGUUAAAAAUCAGUCAAGAGGGCUCAGACAACGAGAAAAUUGCCUUGUUGCAGAGCCUUCUAGAUGAUGCCAACCUGCGCAAGAAUGAGCUGGAGACGGAGAACAGGCUGGUGAAUCAAAGACUUCUAGAAGUACAGUCACAAGUAGAAGAACUGCAGAAAUCUUUGCAGGAUCAAGGCUCAAAAGCAGAAGAUUCAGUUCUUCUAAAAAAGAAGCUUGAAGAACAUCUAGAGAAGCUGCAUGAAGCCAACAAUGAAUUACAGAAAAAGAGGGCCAUUAUUGAAGAUCUUGAGCCAAGAUUUAACAACAGCUCCUUAAGAAUUGAAGAAUUGCAAGAAGCAUUACGGAAGAAGGAAGAAGAAAUGAAGCAGAUGGAAGAACGCUAUAAGAAGUACUUAGAGAAAGCCAAAAGUGUUAUUCGUACAUUAGACCCUAAACAGAAUCAAGGAGCAGCACCAGAAAUACAAGCUCUUAAAAACCAACUGCAGGAACGGGAUCGACUGUUCCACUCAUUAGAGAAAGAAUAUGAGAAAACGAAGAGUCAAAGAGACAUGGAGGAGAAAUACAUUGUUAGUGCCUGGUACAAUAUGGGAAUGACUCUUCAUAAAAAGGCGGCUGAAGAUAGACUAGCUAGCACAGGCUCAGGGCAGUCCUUUCUAGCGAGGCAAAGACAAGCGACCAGCACAAGAAGGUCCUACCCAGGCCAUGUCCAGCCAGCCACGGCAAGGUAGAGAGGUCUCGCCAUUAGGAAUUUUUAAAAAAAAAAAACAUACUUCUGUUACAUACAACAACAUUUCAGGAAAUUCAGCCAGCUUAUUUUAUUUCUCUCUUGUGUUAAUAUUUAGUGUUUCUCACAUGAGGAUUUUUUUGUCUUGUAUCUUUUAGUUUCUUUGUCCUUUGCUUUAUAGUCUUUUCAGUUCCUUUUAAUGUGCCAAAAAUUUGUAAAUGUACAAUUAAAAGUGUUGUAUAAUAGUGUAAUACUUUUCUUUGUAUGAAAAUGUCUUCUUCCCCAUUUGUGUGGGCUUUGUAAAGAAUCAGAUUUUCUGCCAGUAAUUGAUACACAAUUUAUAUUCUUUAUCGUGCCUACUGUGUUACCAUACUUUAUAAGACUGUCUUUGUUUAAAGGGAAUUAAUCUUUUUAUGGUGUAGUAAUCUGUGUUUUCAAUUGUUUUUCAAAUGCACUUCAGAUAACUUAGAUAUUUACUGUACUAUAUAAAGUGGUAUCGAGUGCACUUUUGCAAAGAAGUACAUUGGCAGAGGCACUAGUCAGAUCACAUGGCACCUGGCAGGAUCCCUCAGAGGGAAGAAAGGAGUUUUCAUGUUAUUUUACUAGAAAUUAAACUUAUUCGAAGACUUCAUUUUCAAACCAUGAAUGUGUGAAUUGUCACUUAUCUCCUGCUGUCAUGCUUGCUGGCAGAAGUGAAGUUGAUGAAGAUGUUUGGGUAGACAUUACGGAGGAUAAAAUUUGGCAGGAUUUUUUUCUUCCUUUGGAAUAUCUUCAUAGUUAAGAAUCAGAUUCUAGCCACGCACUUUUAAUUGCUCUCUACAUGUAAAAGAUUUAUUUUUCAUAUAGGUAGCCUUAUCUUUGGGGCAGUUCUUUGACUUAUGCCUCAUAUGUUUUAUAUAUUCUGUUAUAUAUUCUGUGAGCCUUUCCUUUUCUCAAUUAAUCUUGAUAGUUAACAUCUUAAUACCAUUCAUUAAGAUCAGUACAUGCAUUUCUCUGUGUAAUAUUAUGACAGAUCUCUUUACAGUGUUUAACUCUACCUACGAGUCCAAGAAUUGGUAACUGGAGAGAUUUUCUUGGGUAUUUGGUUGUUCAAAUUGCUUACGUUGUAUGCCACAUUUAUUUACAUAGAUGAAUGCCUGUUAAGCAAUCACUGUGAAGCACUUUGUCUAUAUAAGGUAUUAUAUAAUUUUAAACUAUCAUUUAUUUGAAAAUAUACCUUUUGUCUUUUUCCAUAUUGAUUUAUGUAUUUGAUCUCAAAUUAUAUUUAAGUUUCCUCCAGCCUUUUUCUUGUUUCAAAUCAUCACAUUUAAAAAAAAGAAAAAGAAAUCUGAAAUGAGGUCAGAGGUUAUUUGUUGUCUUUAGGUAAGUCAUCUACGUGGAAGAUGUAUUUGAUGUACUUACUGUUUGGAAGUGCUGGUGCUGUUUAGUUUUGUAUAAAAGGCAGUAACUUUAAUUCAAGUUGAAUGAGAUUAAGAAUUUUCAGAAACUAUAUGCAAGUGCUUCAUUUUAGCUCCCUCCUCCUUUAUAAGAAACAUUUGUCCUGCAUGUUUUGUUUUGUUUUGUCAGACGGAGUCUUUAUGUAACCCAGGCUGCCUUGAACAUGUGAUCCUCUUGGAUUAUAGGCGUGAACCACCAUACUCAGCUCUUAGAAAGUUUUUUUUCCCUGAGAAACAAUUCUUGAAGAAAGGUAUUAGGACAUAAAGAAAUGACAGCAUGCGCUGUGCGGCAUUUCUUUAAAAAAUAUUCACUGCAAGUGUCUGAGCACAGUAGGAGGCAUCUGCCUAGGAAGACCAUAAAGCAGCGAGGAUUAGAAAUAGUGGAGAGCUCGCUCUGUGAGGACAAUGCACUAUGGGGUUUCGGGGCAAACAGACCCGAUCUUUUAGGUCUGCUUUUGUUUUUAGUUCAAGACAAUCUAGCCUUGUUACCCUCUAAUCCUUUGACUCAAAACCAUCCUCCUGCCUCUGCCUUCCAAGAGGCUGAAAUUAUGGUGUGUGCUGCCAUGCCUACAUGAUGUAUCAAGUUUGAAAAUAAAAGAUUAAAAAUUGGGCCCAGCAAAAUGGCUCAGCUGGAAAAGAGUACUUGCUGCCAAGGCUGACAACUUCUGCUCAUGGGAUUCCUGGGGCCCAGAUGGUGAGGGAACAAGCUCCUCCCCAGGAGGUCCUCUGACCUCCACACUCACACAGUUGUCGGCACACACGCAAAUAAGUAUGUUUUAAAAGAUUAAAAAUAGCUUAAAAUAGUUCCCACUCCACCUUUAGUUCACAGAAUAUCUAAGACUCGGGCAUUUUUUAAAACAAGUUAGUCUAUGAUCCCUACACUUAAUAAAAUACUGGUUGUUGAGACAUUAUACUUAUAGAAUAAAGUGACUGUGAAAACAAGAGACUCUGGAAGCUGCUCUUCAACCAUACUUUACCCAUGAGGUAAAAACAUCGCAACGUUUCGAUUUUCAUUUUCUAUUUACCUGCCCUCUCUAUGUGCACACCCACCUACCCAGAUACUUUCUCUAGAUGUUUUGGAAAUGCUGCAAGCUUUCGGAAGGAAGUUUAGCUUCUGGUUUUCUUCAGCAUUGCUGUGUGUUAAUUUCAGUGUUUAAAACCUUCACUGUUGUUUGCUGUAUCUUUAAUGUUUGGGGGAUUUCAUUCAGUAAGUGGAAGAAAUAUCUCAUGAUAUUUCAGAAUAAAAUAAAGCAUGCUUUCAUAAGAAACAGCAUCCAAGCAUAGACUUUAGGCAUCAUAAAGCCACAAAUAAACCUAAAUAUAGCAGUGGCAGCUUUUCCAUUGUGUGAUUUAGGUCAGGAGUUAGGGGGUCACAGUUUCUCCAAUAGUGAUCAAGAAUGUUUUGGGUACUCUGAUGAUGAUGUGUGGUCAGUGAUGCUGGACUGUGUCUUCACACGCUUCUUUCAUGCUACUUUCCCGAAGCCUCCUAAGCUUGUGUAGCUUGUCCUGGCAUUAGCAAGAGAAUGGGGACAGUGGAACAGUGUCAUUGUGUGAGGUUCUUAUAACAAGCUUAUUUUCUGUGCCAGCUCACCAGGGUUUACCAAAAAGAAAAGGCAAAGCAAAUACUAAAAAAAUGACCAUUUGUGUUCCAUAUUAUACAUUGAAGAUUAGAAUAGGGAAACAGUCCUGUAAAUGUAAUAGUUUCUUGCAUCUGAAAUGAAAAUAGCUAAUACACUUGCACAUAUUUGAAAAUAGUUUUUAAAAACUAGGGCUGGAGAGUUGACUCAGCAUUUAAUAACAUUUAUUGUUCUUCCAGAGAACACAGGUUCAGUUCCCACACAGAAGCAUAUGACCAACCAUCUGUAACUGCAUUCCAGGGACUCGUGUGCCAUCUUCUGACCUCCACAGGCACUGGGCACACGUGUGUGUACAAGCAUGCAUGCAGGCAAAACACUCAUGCACAUAAUACAAAUCUAUAAAAAGAAAAUUUAAACUGGGUCAUAGUUUUCUUUUGUCUGAUUACCUAAUGAUAUAAAAAUAAGUCCCUAAAUAAUUGAUUCAUAUUCAAACUUAAUCAGGAUUGAAUUAUUUGUUAUCUUGGUAAAAUUAGCUUAAUGUGAUAAUUAAAUUAUGUGGAUAAUAUCAUCCAAUUUUCUUGAAGUUUGGUUAAUGUAUUUAGAGCCCAGUUGCACAAUCAAGAUAAUUGGUUCUUUUGAUUUUUGAGACAGGGUUUUCUCUCUGUGUAGCCCAGGCUGUCCUGGAACUCACUCUGUAGACCAGAUUGGCCUUGAACUCUGAGAUCCACGUUCCUCUGCCUCCUAAUUGCUGGGAUUAAAGGCAUGCACCACCACUACCUGGCAAGUCAAGCUAAAUGUAAUUAGUCAGAACUACCAGUCUGAUUUCAUUAAUUGUUACAGACCCAUGCUGUACAACUAUAUGAAAGUUAGGGAUUAAGUCUAAGUUAGGUCUUGGUGAAAAGAAAGUGUACUCAAUGAGCAGUUUUACUCACCUUUUCAAUAGCAGAUCUUUCAGUCUUGUUAAGUAAAGGGGAAUGUUCUUGAGGACUAGGAUGCAGCUUAUUUGGUAUAGCACUUGCUUAAUAGACUUGAAGUGCUGGAUUCAAUCCCUAGCAUCAUAUAAGAAGGAUGUAUAUACCUGUAGAGAGUUUGAGGCCACUUGGGGCUACAUGAGAUUCUAUCUUUCUUCAAAAAAGAAAAAGAAAAAAAAAUGUAUAUAGUUCUUUUGUAGAAUCUCUUGCUCUCAUAAAAGCACUGAUCUGUUGUUCUAUCAAUAACCAUAUUUUAAGCUUUAAAAUAUUUCAGUUGAGUUAUCUUUAAUAAAAACAAAUUUUAAAGUGUCUUCUUUACUCCCCACCUUUCCCUUCAUUUGUUCAGGUCUCAUGGUACACAAAUGCUGUAAUUAUGGCCAGUUGGGAGAUGUGGUCCUGAACAUCCACAGUCCAUAUCUCGUAGAAACUUGGCUUCCAGCCACUUGAGUUAAGAACAUAAUUGAACCCCACAAUGAGAGAGACAUAUGUAGCAUCUUUUUUUGCUAAGGUGGAAUCACUUUAGUACCAAAUGCCUUUGGUUUUCUGUUCAUUAAGCCAUGGAAGAAUAAUUGGACCUUUUUUUUUUUAAGACUUAAUAUUUUUUAACUUGGGGGAAGAGGAUUUGGAGAUAUGUGCAGGUGCCCACGGAGGCCAGAAGAGAGCAUCCAAUCUCCCGGGGCUGGAGUUAUGGGUGGUUGUGAGCUCCCUGUGUGGAACUUGGGUCCUCUGCAAGAACAGCCAGCAUUCUUAGUCACUGAGCCAUCUCUCCAGCCCCAAAUAUUUGGACUUUUUAUCCUCAUAUUGUGAAGAGAUUUCUUUCUCCUUUAGAUUACCAUCAACCUGAUUCAGCUUUGUAUUUAACAGUGAAACAUAGGGUAAUCCCAGAACUUGGGAAUCCGAGGCUGAAAAAAAAAUGCAAGUUGGAAGCUAGCCUGGGAGACCUUGUUUCAAAAAACAAAAGAGUGUGCCAAACAAAAUAGAAUGGGAAGCCAGGCCUGUUACCUAGCGUACUCAAGACCAUACAUUCAGUCCCUAGUACUGAUGAAUGAACUAAAUAUAUAAAUGCAUAAAUAAAGUGGAAUAUCUAGAUCUAUAAAAAUUACUUUAUCAUGUUCUGUUUUUCUUUUCAUAACUUAAAGGGGUUUUCUAUCCAAUAAAAGUAACUUUGUUAACUAUAGUGCUGUCAGAAUUAAAAGUGAUCCAACCCUUUUUUUGUUUAUUUGGGGUUUUUCUUUUUUGUUUUGUUUUGUUUUGUUUUUUUGAGACAGGGUCUUUCUACAUAGCCCUGGCUGUCCUGGAACUCACUAUUGUAGACCAGGCUGGCCUUGGACUCACAGAGCGCCUCUGCCUCCUGAAUGCUAGGAUUAAAGGUGUGCACAGUGUGUGUGUGUGUAGCAAAUUUUAUUUUCUUUAUUUAGAAAGGGGUUUCAGAACUUAUUCUUUUAAACUGAUUUGAAUAUUCUAUGAUUUUUUUUCUUUUUUUGGGGGGAGAUAGGAGGAAGGCUACUCUCAAUGCAUCUCACAGUUUUUUACUUUUUGAAAUGAAUAUUUAAGUGAUGUAUGCUUUUUAUUGAAUAUUUGUCCAACUUUAGCACAAUAAUAUUCUAAGUUUUUUAAUACUGUACAGCUCUCAGAAGUCUACAAAACAUAAAAUAAUUUGCUAAUAGCUAACUCACUUGCUAAUAACACGAUAACUUCUUCCCUUUCUGUCACUUAGAAUUAUUAAUCUUAUGUUUAGUGUAAUGUUUAUAAGAUGAAAGACAACCCAAUGUAAUGGCAUUUCUUGCUUUUAAGUCAUUAAUUAUGUCAUGGAAAGUGUGUUCUGAUUAUUUUAAAACAGCUUUUCAAGUCAACUGUAGUGGCGCAUGCCCUUAAUCCCAGCACUCAGGAGGCAGAGGCAGGAGGCUGUCUGAGUUUGAGGCCAGCCUGGUCUACAGAAUGAGUUCCAGGACAGCCAGGGCUACACAGAGAAACCCUGUGUCAAAAAAAAAAAAAGAAGAAAAAAAGAAAAACCCAAUAAAAGAAAAAGACAGCUUUUCAUCAGUCUUAUUUAUGUUAUCAUUGUGAGUAGAAAACCAUAAAUUCUCUAGUUAAUGUUUUAAAAUAUGAAUAUAUGUGGACUCUUCCAAUUACAGUAAAGUAAUAGAACAAGGACAUUGGUUUGAGAAAUGAGAGGCCUGAACCUAAUUAUGGCUUGUAUAUGAAGUUUGGAAACUGGGGGGGGGGGGGGGUCCAUAAAUGCAUAUGAUUUAUAUAUGUGUAUAUAAAUCUUACAUAUGUAUAUAUUUCUGUGUGUAUAUGUAUAUAUAUACAUGCAUAUUUAAAACUAGACAUACCAAGAUUUCCUUUACAUGUCUCUUUAUAUUAUUUUUCUGUUUUCUUACAGUUUUACUAAUAUACUGUAAGGUUAAGUCUGAAUGUAGUAUGUAAGUGAAAAUAGAAAUUGAAGAAAGUAAUAGAUGGCUAUUAAGACAAACCCAUUAUAAAGAGUAGAGUGAAUAUUGGCAUAAGAAGGAGACUAAUUAACAAAUAUUUAGACAAAGAGACAUACUCAAACAGUAUCUUAUUAGAUACUUAUUAGAUAGUCCCUUAAGGUAUAGCCAACAAAAUUAGUCUAUCAUUAUUACACAUCUGUCUGAUAAAAGAGUAGACCAAACUAAUUUCUAAUUGUCUUUUGGUGAGUAUUAACUAAGCAUAUAGCUUGUAUGUUAGUGGGAGGGAAAACAUUUCUUUUUAUAACUAUUAAGAAGUUAUUACUAAGUCUGACACAGUGAAUUAGGAUGUUAAGAAAACUUUGAUGAGAAAAAAGAAUCUAUGAUGGCUAAAAUUAUCAUCAACUUCCCAACAGGUAUCUAUAUCAUACCUUAUAUAGUUUAAAAACCACUGUCUUAAUUUUAUGUCCCCCUUAAUUAUACAUUGUACCUCUCUACAAAAUGUCUGUAAAUGAAGAGAAAAGUAGGCUUUUAAAAACACAUUCAAAGUAAGCCGUUAUGUAUCUGAUGCAUUACCACAGGCCACAGGCAGGUGUUUCUGACUGAAGAUGAAAUUGUAGGUGCCUAUUAUCUCAAAACUUCCACCUAUAGGGCUCUUAAAACCUGAAUUGUAUCUGCUUGGGACUUAAAGGAAUUAAAUAUUAUGAGAAGAACAAGCGAGUGAGUACAAGACAAAUCCUAACACGUGCCGAGGUCAUUGAGCACACUGACGGUCCUAACACGUGCCGAGGUCAUUGAGCACUUGAGAGCGCUGACCUGACAGAGUGGUGAGUGUAGCAGUUGUGUUGUCAAAGCCGUGGAAGAACCCAUGUUCUUGAUGUACCCAUUGAUCACGGAUUAUCCUUUCUAUAGUCUGUUGUCUUUGACAGCAUCUUAGUGUUAUCUGCCAGCCUCUCAGUCUAGGGUGUUCAUACUUCACUACAAAGUAUUCAGUACUUGACUGAUACUAAGUUAUCUUCUUCCUUUCCUCUUCUGCUUCAAUUUGACAUUUCCUGUUGACACCUCACUGUCAGGAGUCAAAGUCUGGAAAUACAUUUAUACAUGGGUUGGGCAACUGGUCACACUGUAAGCCGGCUUUUGGUUUUUUGUGCUGGGAAUUUAGCCGAGGGCCCUAUUCACUCCAGGGCAAGUGCUGUACCACUGAACUCACGCCAGCAAACCAAGUCCUCUCAAGUACAAACAUGUUUGAAACUGCGUUCUCAUUAAUAAAACUAAACACUUUCCUGUUUAACAAGAUUGUCUUACCCUUUGAGGGGUUGUCUUUGAGGGGUCGUCUCUUAAAAUAAAAACCUGUAGACUGCUUCUAACCAUUGCAAAUACCCAAAAGAGAAGGAAACACACGCACACGCACACGCACACGCACACACACCAGAAACAGAAGUCAGAGUAUCUAAAAAAAAUGGGGGAAAGGUGAUUUUAAAAAAGGGAAGCACUAGAGAUGCCAGAUGCUACAGAAAUAUUAAUUGUACUGUGAGAGACUUUUUUUAAAUCUUGGCUUAUUUUCUUAAAUUUGUCUUGCACAGGUUUCAUCUUGUGCUGGUGAGUGAGUUUUUAGACCUAGAACUCUCCCAUUUGCAACGUGAAUGUAGCAGUCAUGUUAGAGACCAAAAGUACUGUGGCUUGUUGACUGUUAACCCUGAUUACUGCCAGAAAAUGGGGAAUUGGCUUGGAAAAACAUACACAUUUUUUGGUUUUGCCUUGUUUUAAAGGCGAUACAUAUUGUAAUGGUGUAAAAAGUUUGCUACUGGACCUAGCUCCAGCAGCAGAACGUGGGGCUAGAUUGCACAAGACCCUGCCUGACUUCAGUCCAGAUUCUGUCUGCCUGCUUGCCUGACUGUCUCUGUCUGUCUGUCUCUGUCUCUCUGUCUCUCUCUCACACACACGUACACUCAGUCACAGAUGGACAGACACACAUGUUGCUGUAGUAGUUUCUUUCUGUUGAUGAAGUUUGCUUAAGUCAAUCACCUAGAAAAAUGCAACACUGAAAUGGAGAAGUCUACAUUCAACUUCAAGGAAAUAGGAACCUUUUUUCUUUUCCAGAGUAAAAAAAUAAGAAAGCCAGGAUGGUGGCACACGCCCAUAAUCCCAACACCAGGCUAAGGUAGCAGGAUCAUAAGUUUGACAUCAGAUGAGGCAACGUAGAAAAUGCAAAGCCAGUCUGUCUCAAAAAACAAAACAAAAAUUACACCAGUACAGAACAAUAUACAGUGUUUUAAAUAUAUUCUAUGUAAGUGUUUAGUGAAUAAGUUUCUAAGUGUCCUAACAUCUACUAGCUUCUUGUUAAUGUACAUAAAAGUAGAUUAUAAGACCAAGUCACCUGCCAUGUGUGGCAAUUUUAAUUCAGAGGUAACUUAUACCUGUAAUUCUAGCACUUGAAAAGCUGGGAUAAGAGGAUGCCCACAAGGUUAGGACCAACUAUUCAUGGCUACAUGGUGAGAUUCUGUCUUCACCUUAGUACUCUAAUAAUGUUUCAGUUGUUCAGUAUUCACACAUGUGCAGUGGGCAGUGCAGGUGGAGAACAUUCCUUCAAUGCAGAAAACUGCGCCAGAAAAAGGAAAGAAAACAGAGGCUGUCGGUCAACUUACAAGUCAUCUAAGGAGCAGUUGCUAAAGGGUUUAACAGUCGAAAAGUGUUUCUUUCUUAGAAUUUGUGCCAUCCUUUUUGGCCUUGGAACAAAUCAAAGACCUAUAUUGUUGAGUUUUUUAAUAUACUCUUCCUUACACAAAUUGUCAAUGCUUUAUCAACUGAUAUAGUUAAAUCAUUUCUUAAUAUCUUCAGGCAUUUCUCCCUUUUAUACUUUUUUAAUUGCUUAUAUUAGUUUUCAUCAAGCAGAAACUGAUAAAUGUUUAACUUAUUCUCAAAAUUAGCAAACAUCAUAGCCUUAGGUUAUUUAAAUCUGUAUCUCAAUAUUUCAUGAAAGUUACCUUUUGUUUCUGCCUUACACGCUUUAAAUUCAUGUUUGACUGUCUUCCACUUCAAAGGUACAGUUAGGGCCGAAUGAUUUGGUUUUUGGUUUUCUUCCUGGUUCCCUGCACUUGCCUGCUUGUGACUAGAUGAUGAAAACAUGGGAAAUCUGAACUUGUUUUCCUUCCCUGUACUAAAGUACUUCAUCUAACUUAAAGGAUUAUGUUGCUGUAUCUGAAUUUCUCAACUCAAACUAUGAGACUUGUUUUAAAUGUAUGUGGCUGCGUUGGUUUGUUUUUGUUGUUUUCUGGAGUUGGCAGUAAUGGAGAUCCAACCUAAGGCCUUGCAUAUUAGAGUACUUCAGUAAUCACACUUUUUUUUUUUUUUUAGACAGGGUCUCACUUUUAGCCUUGGCUGGCCUGGAACUCACAGAGUUCCACCAGCCUCACCUCCUGAGCGCUGGGGUUAAAGGUGUGCACCACAACUCCUGACAUGAGUUGUAAUUCUGUUGAGUCAGACUAACACUUAGUGACACCUUUCCUGCUAAGAGGUCACAGUGCUCUCCUCCUGUUUUAAACUUGAUAAUGAGGUACUUGUUAAUUUCUAAACAAGUUAUGAAAGUAUUACUGUGAUUCAAGUACAGCUGAGCAAAUGAUAUGUGUGCAUUUAGUUUAUUGUUUUCAUGGAAGCCUAAUUGAAUAUGUAUUCUACAAAGACUCACUGAUUAAGGAUAAUUUUCAGUAUGCUCUAAGUAAGUAACAUUUUAGUACAAAUGUAGGAAAUGACUGUACACAGAGAUCUGGCACUUAAUUUUCAUAAGAGUUUGUUUUUUAAUGGCUUUAGUUACUUACAAUUGAAAUCCACUAAAAUAUUGUCAUCCCUGAUUUUGGCAUUUAUAGAUUCUAUAAAUCAUAGUACCUUGUACUCUGAGAAAUAAUUUCCAGAUGUUUUACAGUUAUCUCAUUCUGAGAGUUGCCUACCAUUAUAACCCCAUCUUUUAUUAUGUAAUGGGUAGCAAAAGUCAAACAUGCUUAAUAAUCUGCCUCAUUUGGAUUAAGAAAUUCAAAAUACCAAAAAUACAAAGCUAGGAAGACAUUUGUUUCCCUAUGGUAUUUUUUUUUUCACUUUUUCAGAUGAGCUGGAAAACACCUAAGUAUCUUGAAGUUGGAGUUGUGCUGACCACAGCCCCAUGUGUAAGGCCUUGCUCUCGAGUCUUGAGUAUUACUGACUGCCCUUUAUGUUAUAGUUGAUGUAGCGGGUGAUUUUCCGCAUCCUUGUGUUCUACCAUCUAAGAGGGAUUUUUAGUUAUAGUCCCACUCUGGAUGACUAUUGAACUUAUAGUAGUUUUAUUCUUUGUCAUCAUAAUCCAAAAAUGAUGUCCACUUUAAGAUCAUUUUUAACAACAUUAUAUACAUAAUGGUGGUCAAGACUUUUUCCUUCUGUUUACCAGGUUUCCAGUUAUGUACUUUGUCUUAAAAUUGACAAGUUUUCCCACUGUUUUGCUGGGGUAAAUGACUUGUUAGAGAUGUCUCCUUCAGUUAGAAAUUUUAACUAAAGUCACAACAACAAAGUUCUAAGAAACCUUCAUAAGGUAGGGUUUUUUUUUUUAAUCUUACAUUUCCUUUUAGUUUAUUUUGAUUUUAUGACUGCCAACUUGUUAUAUAUGAGUGUUUAUAUAUGCAUAUAAUAUAUGUAUAUGAAAAAAGUUAAGAUUUGGUCAAACUAUAUUUUCCCAUUCAAGUACAAAAAAAAUGUUUUCAAGGCUGCAAAAAGUGUACAGUUGUUAAACAAGUUGUAAAUAAAGACUUGUAUAAAAAUCGA